AUGGGACGCAGAAAGAUUGAGAUUAAAGCCAUCAAGGAUGACAGGAACCGCUCUGUAACCUUUUUGAAGAGAAAGGGUGGUCUGUUCAAGAAGGCGCACGAGCUUUCCGUGCUUUGCUCCGUGGACGUUGCCGUCUUCAUCUUCGGCAGCAACAAGAAACUGUACGAGUACUCUUCCACAGACAUGCGGGAGAUGAUCACCAGAUACACAUACCACGGCGGCCCCAAUGAGCACAAGGGCCCCUCGGAUUUCAACGGCGGUAACGACGAGGACGAGGACGAGGACCCCGAAGGCACGCCGCCGCAGGAUGUCCAAAUGAUUCCUCCCCAGUUCCAAGGACAGGCUCCUUUCCCUCACAUGCGGCACCAUACACCGUCAGCGUCCCCCCCGAUUCCCAACGGCAUGCCUUUCCCGCAGCACCCUGGCCAUCCCGUGCAACGCGGCCAUACGCCGCAGCCUAACAUGGGAUCGCGUCCUGGUUCUGGACAAGACAUUCGCCGUAUGGGCCCGAAUAUGGGUCCUCAGCCCGUCGGCCCUCCUGGACCACAACAGCCUCCUGUCAACGGUUUCGCCUACAUGCCAAACCCGGCCAUCUACAACCCUCAGAAUCAGCCCAAUAUGCCGCCAAACAUGCCUCACGGACUUCCCCAGCAACAUGGCCCUCAAUACCCCUCGUACUCGUCCAACCAUCAUCCUCCGCAUAUGCAACAGUACAUGGAAGACCAGCGCCGCUCCAUGCCGCCCAAUUUUCCGCAACCGCAGGGCCAGCAAGGGCCUGGGCCUCAAGUUUCUCGCAUCUCGCCGUCUCCGCCACAGCCUCCCUCUCAGCAGAUACCACCGCAGCCACCUCAGAUGUCUCCCCCGCAACCACAACCUCAGCAGCUUGAACCUCGGCAACAGUCGCCUCAACAGCAGCAACAGCAGCAGCCUUCUCACUCUCAGCAGCAGCAGCAGCAGCCUCAGGCAACGCCGCCGCUGCCCCGGGAGUCAGCGAUGCCAGCGCCAAUGGAACCGCGAUCGGAGCAGCAAGAUAGGCCUCAACCGCCACUCCUUAACACGGACAGCGCGAUCAAAAAGCUACCGCAGCGUAAACAACACAGCAUUUUUACGCCCAUCGACGAGAACCGCUCUAUCCUAUCACAGCAUCUGGCCUCCUUCGCCUCCGAACAAAACAGUAUCAAGACUGAGCCCAAUCGCCCUCCAUUCCCUGACCAGACCAACAUCAAGGUUGAGGGCAAUCGGUCCCCGUCCGUCGAUGUUGGCGCGGUGUCCCGGACCAACGGUUCUACGACGUCCCCGCCCCUGCCUCCACGGGCCAGCACUCAAUCUCUGAACAAAACUCGCAACAUCUCCGUGUCGUCCAUUCCAGAGACCACAUUUACCCCGCCAUCUCGCACCAAUAGCAUGAAGCUUGGGGGUAGUGCGCGCCCGCGUUUGAGGGUGGAGAUCCCUGACGAACCGUCGGAUGGCGGUAGUGCCACUGCCGAGUCAAACUCUCCUCGCAACUCAACUGAUGCCACAUCCCAGACGACUCGACGCCAUGCAUCCGACUCUCAGUCUUCAGGCAUGGUCUUACCGCCGCCGUCCCCGUCGGCCCAGACACUGCUGUCGGCUGGCGCCACCGGCCCGCCAAACCCGUUUGCUCGUCCACCCCCGCAGCAAAAUAACAAUAUGAACAUCGACACUCCAGUGUCCGCCCUCCCAUCCCGAUUCUUGAAUAAUGAGUUUCUGCCCAGCCCCAGCAGCUUUUACCCGGAGUGGUACUCGCGCGGUGGUAAUGACAGCAACACGCUGCCCAGUCCAUUAAACUUUGCAACUCCCGUUGUCGGCUCAGGCCCCAGUUUCCUGAGAGACGACAACACCUUGAGCACGAAACGUAAGAGUCCCGAGAUCAGCGCGAAUGGACCACACGAGGGGCACGAGGUUGGAAACGAGCCCAAGAGGGUUCGGGUCGACUCUUGA